GUGUGUGUGUGUGUGUGCGCCCACAGGGGCUUCUCUUGUUUAGUGCUUUACACCACAGCGCCAGUACAAGCUUGGCAAGCUAGGAGCAAUGUGCUUCAUUCACUGGAUUUAUUUGCUUUUAGGUUUCUAGGUGCAGAAAAAAAGCUGGAAAUGGAACUGCCAAAUCAUGCCAAACAAUUGCUGCUGCAGCUGAACCAACAAAGAGCCAAAGGUUAUCUGUGUGAUGUGAUUAUAGUUGUAGAAAAUGCCCUCUUCCGGGCACACAAGAACAUUCUGGCAGCCAGUAGUAUCUACUUUAAGUCCCUCAUCCUGCAUGACAACUUAAUUAACCUCGACACAGAUAUGGUCAACCCGUCAAUUUUUCGGCAGAUACUGGACUUUAUUUACACUGGCAAGCUUUUGUCCUCGGAUCAGGUCAGUGACCACAAUUUUAAUGCCCUCCUAACAGCAGCAAGCUACCUCCAACUCCAUGACCUGGCUGCUCUCUGCAGAAAAAAGCUGAAACGCAAUGGCAGAUCCCUCCACAACAAACCCACAACUCCUACCAAUGGAAGAACUUCUAGAAACCAAAGGCUGUCCUCUACACCUGUCACACCAAACCAAAUUUCAGGGUUUAAAGACAGUGAAAAAACAAAGAGACAUGAGGAGCUACUCAAAGAUGAGUUGUCAGAGGAUGAGGUUUUUGUCAGGAAUGCUCAGUGUGCAAACCAAGCCAACUCUCUCAGUCCCUCUACUAGUAAGAAUGGGAGCAAUGGCCACAUCACCAGCAGUGGUGGCCUCUUGGAGCUUGGCCUGGACCUCUCUAAGAAAAGCCCUUCAGGAAGCACAGUCACUGAAGAAGUAAGUCCAAGCAGUAUCCCACAAGAAUCACCUCAGUCUGCCUCAGAAUCCACAGCCAACAGUGCCUCGUUCGAUGAUCUCCCCACCAACCCACAGGGCCUCACCACUGGAGAGCCUAUGGAAAUAGGUGAAGGAGAGGAAUGUGACGAGAACCAGCAUUUUCCAGACCCUGACCAACAAAAAAGCACCCGCCAGAUAUCUCGGUCCAGGCGACAAGCCAAGGGUGAGGGCCACAAAGGUGAAGAUAUGGAAAGGUCCACUUUGCCCAAUGGAGUUGCCAAGAGGCUAAAUGUGGCUGGAGAACGGCUCCCAGGUGGAGGAAAUGUCAACUCGGAUCUAUCCUACCAGUGUAAGGAUGAGGAAGAAGGACUGGAGAAUGGCCAGGAGCAGAGUGAAGAGAGUGGCCAGAGCGAGAAUGAAGGUGGACGCAACAGUGCCAACUAUGUGUAUCGGCAGGAAGGCUUUGAGCCUGCCCUUGGCGACAACCUUUAUGUCUGUAUUCCCUGUGGUAAAGGUUUCCCUAGCUCCGAGGAGCUAAACGCCCAUGUGGAGACCCAUACGGAGGAAGAGCUUUACAUCAAAGAGGAGGAGGACGAUGUCUAUCCAAAGGAAGACGAGGCUGAAGCUGAGGACCUGUCAUCUCAGACAGUCCAAGUGCAUGGAGUAGAUUCGCGACGCUUUUGCUGUACAGUGUGCAAUAAAAGCUACAAAGAUCCUGCCACACUGCGGCAGCAUGAGAAGACGCACUGGCUUACACGGCCUUUUCCCUGCAACAUCUGCGGCAAGAUGUUUACGCAGCGUGGCACCAUGACGCGGCACAUGCGCAGCCACCUUGGUCUGAAGCCCUUUGCCUGUGAGGAGUGUGGCAUGCGUUUCACACGCCAAUAUCGACUCACAGAGCACAUGCGGGUACACUCUGGGGAAAAGCCCUAUGAAUGUCAGCUUUGUGGGGGCAAGUUCACCCAACAACGUAACCUCAUCAGCCACCUUCGAAUGCAUACCUCCCCAUCAUAAGCCAAAGACACUUUGAAUGGAAUACCUUGAGCGCAAAAAGAUUUCAGUACAGUGCACACCUGUAUUCUGUGAAGAUGAUGGCUAUGAGUGGGUGAUCCGAUAGAGGAUUCACUCUUGGCUUGAGUGACAGGAGUAGUAGUUCAAAAUUUUAAAGCCCAACAGUUGAAAGACUAUCCUUUUCAAAAAUUGGUAUGAUUCUGUGGCAUCUUUUUUUGUUUUGUUUUGUUUUUUUUCCCCCUCAAUGCUGCAAAUAUAUUCUGCGGGCACUGAUGCUGUUUCAAAAUUCCAUGGGCUCUCCAGAUCACUUCACACCAGUUUAUGCAUUGGUUUCAUUAUUUGUUUCACUUGUCCCCAAGUAUACAAUUUCACUUCCUUUGGUCCUUAAAAGCAAGGGCGGGAGUUAAGAAAAUGGACCACAGAAUGUGUAAAAUACGGUUAAGUCUCUAAUCGAUUAAUUAAUAAUUGCUAAACUUUUUUUUUUUUUUUCCAGUUCAAAGGAAGAUUGAAAUAUAUGAUUGAGAGCCUUUAGAAAUGUUUAUGGUGUUAUAUAAAAGCUUUGUGCAUCUGACCAAACACAUUCACAAGCUUUAGUCUGUACCAUAUGCCCAUUGCCUAUUUCUAGCCCUUGAAGGGGAACAGGGUCCAUAAAAGCAUUCAUACCAUAGCAUGCAAUUUCUCAAUUUAAUUCAGUCUGUAUUGUAAUUUCUACAUUUUGCUAGCCCUCAUGAUGGUCCAUUAGUUGGUUAACCAUUUCAGUUGUGGCAAAAAGUGGCCUGAAAUAUGGGUAUAGUUAGAUGUACCAUUGUUGGGCUCCUUCUGCGUCUGGACAUGGGCAAAUGGGGGUAUAGAAAAGAGUGGUUCUGGGUGUUCUUUUAAAGCUCUAAUGUUUACUCAUAUAAUAUAUAGGGGUUUACUGUCGAGACAAAAGCCAAAAGUAAUGGUACUUGUUUUAGAUAAUUUAUUGUUAUGCUUCAGUGAAUGUUUAAACUGGUAGUUCUUUUGAUAUUUCUUUGGGAUGGGGUGAUUUGGGUGAUGGGUAGGGUUUGUUUUAUUGAAUUUUGAAUGUUAAUUCUGUCGGUACUGUUAUUCAGUUUUGUUUAAGGUUUUUCCUUCACUAAAAACCUAUUUUAUAGUCUUGUCACAUUGCUACCUCUUAAUUCUUAAGAACAGUACAUUCAUAGAUGGAAAAAGGGGGGUGUAGAUGUAGCUUACCCCUACAAGGUUGUAUAAAGUUUGAUGAGGUUUUCAGAAUGGUCCUAACCUGCCCAUCUCUCAACAAAGGUUUGAUUUUUUUUUUUUUUUUAAAACAUAUUUAACAUAAUAGAACUAGAACGUAGCUUGUUGGAUGCAUGUAUUUAAGUUUUAUGUUAAAGAAAUCCAAAGAGAAAACUAGUACUGAGGAAAAUAAUGGCUUAAGAACAAACUUUUUCUGUAGAAUGUCACUACCAAAGUUUUUAGAUUAAAUACAGAAAAUAACAUUUCAGGAGAAAAAAAUAUUAUAAAGAUUUUUUCUUUUACUUUUAGUUCUCAGUAAAGAGGAAUGAUGUGGGAAUGUUAGUUUAUAGUGGACAUUGUACUAAAAACCAAUGAACAACUUUUGUAAAACUUCUGCUGAUUGGUGGGCUGGCAGUUUUUCACUUUUGAAGUUUACAUUAGUUUCUCAAGUUGGUUUGUCAUUGCUUUUGUCUUCAGAUGUACUUUAUUGAAGGACUUCAGAAGGACUAAUUUAUUUUAGUUCAGACCAAAAAAAAAAAAGAAAGAAGUAAGACAAAAUGAGUAGAGUCAUGAUGUUUCUGUUACAUGACCACCAUUUUGGAGAAGUUCAUUCAGUGAGGAAUCAAUACACUGGAUUGCCUCUACAGUCAACAGAAAUGCUCUUGGGUGCUUUUUUUGUGGCUCACACAGGAACUGAUGUCAUUUAGUCAGUUGCUAAGUAUUGUAUAAAUCCUUUGCUUUAUUCAGAGAAUGACGAGUUAUUCCAAAAUCCUAGCUGUUGUCUUAGGUUACUGACUUGGGGUCACUGUUACAUUAUCAGUUCAUCAGAGUAUUCAUGUUUUACUGCUGAACUUUUUAAUGCCCUCUAUUUAUACAUUUUGUUGAUUUACAGCCAGUUCCAGUGUAUCACAUUCCAUGUGUAACUUUUACCCUUGUCAAUGCAAAUUCUAAUGGCAUUCCUUUUUGGUUUUAUUUGUUCUGGUUCUUAAUCCAAAGCCCAGUGCAAGUGCUUACUAAUGAUCAUAAGGUGCAGCUAUUGUCAUAUACUCUAGAAUAAUGUACACUGACUUCCUUUUUCCUGGAAUUUUGUCCAAAUCCAUCUUUCCAGAGACUUAAUCCAAACAUAUCAAAGUUCUUACACUGUAGACGCCUUUUUUUUUGGGCUAAGCAGUUAGGGACAUAAUGGGCAGUGUCAAAUUCUCAGGCCAUUUGUUUAGUCUGUAGUCCUGUCCCAUUUGCUCCUGCAUCAUGGAAGCUACUCUUGGUCCAAAAUAUAAAUUCUUUUAAUGGUUUAUUAUCAAGGUUAAAGUUGGUUUCAUUAAGGAAAAUUUAGUUGUAUUGAUUGGGCAGCUCAUGUUUGGCAUGCACUCUGGUGUUGAAGUACUCUUAUCAACUCAGGGAGACUUUAUUGUGUCCUCCUCGUCACUUCCAUAUACCACACAGGAUUCCAGGAAAAAGCUGCCAUUUGAUCUCUUGUGUACAUAUCAGCACUUAACCAGUACAUCAGUGUCCUAGAAGAGAUGGCCGAAGUAUUCAGAGCUAUAGCUGACAGAGCAUGAAAAAGAUGGCAAAGUUUCAAACUGUGACAAUAAUGUUUCUACUUCAGACUUCAGGGAUAGUUCUACAUAUUUUGAAAUGUGGAACUUUCGACUACAUUUGUAAGACUGUGUCAAUACUGUGUCAAUUUCUGUAUUUUAAUGAUGAAAAAAACACUAGUUUCCUACAAAAUAGAUUUUAAGAGUGUUCCCAUUUCAAAUGACGCUUUCGAAAAAAAAAAGAAAAAAAAGGAAAGAAAAGAAAAAGAAAAAAGCCAGAGAUGUACAUGAAAGUUUUACUUUUAAGUUUCAGAGUGUUUUAGAACUAAAAAAAAAAAUAUUAAGCAUAAAGUGUAUAAACAAAUAAGAUAAAGCUCAUACCCAAAAUUUCAGACUCUUUUCUAAACCAAAGCACAUACCGAAUGAUUGACCGCUUAUCUGAUGUAAUGAUUCUUGUGUAUAUCUCACUGUUUACAUAAACACUUACAGUCUCCGACCUCAGGAGAGGAGAGGCCAGUUUGAGCAUGCUUCUUUGUAAAGGUGUCGUAAACCGAAAGAAAAAAAUGAUUUGUGAAAAUGUCUACAUCCCCCCCAAAACAGGUCCCUAUAUGGCCUGGAUAUAAUGUGCUAUGGGAGAGGUGGGGUGUGUCUGUGUGUGUGUGCGUGUGCUCUUAGUGUAUUAUCACAUCCGGUUAUUUUUGUUAUUCUGCUGCUUUCAAAUGUCUACAUGAGUAUGAAUAGAAGCUACAUAAACAUGACUUACCUCAGACCAUGUAGGAUUUUUGUGGGGGGGUUGGAGGGAAAGAGGGGUCUCGCUAUCCCUUGUUUAAUCUGCUGUUAAUUUUCUAAUGAUUACUGUUUGUUUUUCUGAGCCAUUUGCUGAAAGAACCAUAAAAGAAGCAGCUUCCAGCUGACUGGCCUCUCCUCUGAACCACAUUGGUGCAAACACUUACUGACAGUGUUCAAUUUUUUUUUUUUUUUUUUUUUAAAUCAUCAAAGGUCUAUUGUCAGUGAUGAAUGUAUUUAUUUUUGAUCCUGUUUUCACUUUUGUUAAAGAUUUCACUUUGUGGGAGACAAGGUGUUUUCAGGGUCUUAAUUUUAUUGCUUAAAAUGACGACAAAACAAAUCCCACAUGGAUGUAGGCGUGAGGAAUGUAUGUGGUCCCAUGAAGUGUUCCUGUUCUAGGCUGGAUCGGCUCCAUCCUGAGCCUUCUCUCACUUAAAGCAUGCAUGUUCUCUGGAUCAUGUGUUCUUUUUUUUUUUUCUUUUCUGUAUUAAAGACUUGAAGGCUGUUUUUUUUUGUUGUUGUUGUUGUUGUUGUGUGUGGGGUUUUUUUUUUUUUUUUUUAUUUUAAAAAACAUUUUCCCUAUCUGUUUGCUUCUGUCUGUUGAUACAAUAUGGGACUUUCAUUAAUUGUGUAACAAGCACUCUUGUCGUGUUUGUGUUCUUUAUUGAAAGCAGUGGUGUUGUCACGCUAUCAUGGUUCAAGGCUCCUAGUGGAUUCCAUUUCCUUUAUUUCUUUGGAGGUUGUCAAGGGGGUGUCCUAUUUACAUAUGACCAACAAAGCCAAAGCUUUUGUAAGAAUGAACUCUCUUCUGCUCACCUUCACCUCCCAAGUCCGUCAAAAAGCAAGUGGCAUGCAGGCGUGUUGUGUGGUUAGAGAUGGAAUAUAAGCUUUAUAAAAUGCACUUUGCGAUUUGACAGCAAGGUCCCUUAUGAAUGACCUUUUGAAAGAAUCUAGAGAACUUGCUCAGUUAUCUUAAUUAUCACUUGAUCAAUAUUUUGAGACCGAAGAAGAUUGAUCUUUGAUUUGCUGCUAUGAUUUGUAGCCUGUUGCAGCAGCGCUACGUAUUUCCUGUGUAGUAUUGUGAAGUCUCACACUGCUAAAUGUUAACCAACCACUUGGACCUCAAUUUACCAAACCAACCCCUAAGUAAACCAAAGCCAGCUCUACAAACCUCUGUGUUUUCCACGUCCUUUUUUCUUGAGGCCAUAUUGCACCUAAUACUGUGUUCCUGCUGCCUAUAUGAGCAUUCAGCCAGCCUUUUUUCACUGUCUUCUAGCCAGUCUCUGCCCAUUCCAGUGUCUGUAUGUCUCAUUGACUUUAUAGACAUCAUUCUGAAUAUAUAUCUGUCUGUUUUAGGGAUUUGUUUACCUCAGAAUGGUAUAUUUCAGUUGCAAAUAUUUGUUCAAUUACUGUCUUUAUUACAGUCUUUUUAGCCUUGAACAUGGCUUGCGGACAACACCAUGGUUUCACGUUUCAGUUCCUCAGAGAUCUUGUAUUCAGGGCCGAGCUACAUGAAGCUUGCAGCUCGAAUUGUGUUAUGCGAACACAAUACGAUGUACAGAGGUGAUCUCAUCUCCUUAUGGUCUUAAUGUACAGCUAUGAGAAGUCAUUUUAGAAUCAUUAAAAUCUUGAUCAAAAAAACCCA